CAACAAGACAUCGAACCUGCACCUCCAUCCGAACCCUGGGAACCGAACUGUGAACCGAAGAGAAGCUAAGCGAACACAGACGACGUGAGAAGCAGACGAAUUCAGAAUGUUUCUAACAUCGACCUCGAACAAAGUGACGGCUGCCUGUGUUGUAGCGAUGAUGAUGAUGAUGAUGAUGAUGAUGAGCGAGGUGGGAGCGAUGCCGAAAGCAGGCGGCCAAUUAAAACACUCAGCAAAGACACGCAAUAAGACUCAUGAUGCUGCGGCAGGAAUGGUCCCCCUGCAACUGGACCCCAGAGCUUUGGUUCCUCCCACCAUCAUCAGAUCACUGGAGAACUCCUCCAUCUCCCCAUGGACGUACACCAAUUCCCCUGACGCCUCUCUCCUCCCCCCGAUGCUGUCGGAGGCCCGCUGUCUGCUGCAGGGUUGUCUCAACAAGGAGGGCGUGGAGGACCAGAGCCUGGAGUCCCGACCCAUAAUGCACCAUGUGUUUAUGCUGCGACGGGUCAAGUCAGCAGCGGCGGAGAAGUACCACUACAAGCUGGAGUCCCGCAUCAUAGCCGUGGGCUGCACCUGCGUCCGACCCACAAUCCAACACCAGCAGUGAGUCCAGACCAGGUCACGGGUCAAACCGAGGAUUCAGCCAGAGGAGCCAUGAUACCAGAGACAAAAACUUUAAACUUAUAAAGAAAACAUGAUCGUACAUCAGUAUCUAAAAGGUUAACUGAGUAUUUGAACGACACAAUAUCACAAAUCAUCUUAUUGAUAAAUAACUACACAUUCUUCUUAUAAUUGGCAGCUAAUAUCUUGUGGUUUAGACUUUUAUUUGUGUAUUUGAUUAGAACUGAUGAGGUGACGCCUUCAUGCUGCUCUGUGACUCUGAUUAUUAAUCCUAUUCCUAUAUUUAUUGAAUCUAAUCUUAUUUUAUUUAUCUGGAGAAACUACACAACGUAAUAUUAUUAUUGGAUGUGUUUCAUGUAUUUAUGCUUUAAGUUAUUUUGAAAGACAUUCUAUUUAAGUGAUGUCUUAUUAAUUUUAAUGUAUUUAAA